CUUUGGGGCGCCCCCUCCACGCCUGCGCAGUGCGCGGUGGGAGGCGGAGCUCAGAUUCCUGUCAGCAGCGGCGGUGGCGGCGACCGUCAGUUUUCUCUCAGGAGAAGCUCCAAACAGACCCGUUGGCUCUUCACCCGCCCUUUCCCCGCCCUGAACCCCCCUCCUGGCUCGCCAGGAUUCAGUCCCUGCGGAGUUUCCCCUCCACCCCGCCGCUUUGGUCUUCGUCUGGUGGGAGUCACUGCCCUGGAGGAGGAGGCAGCGGCAGCCACCCUCACCCUCGCCUGCCGCCCCCGGUUCGGUGCCCGCGGUCUCGGAGAGGAGUGCCGCCGCCACCGCCGCCCCCCCCUCCCGCUGCCCUCGGGCCGGGCUGGGUUGAGCUGCGAUGCCCUCGGACUUCAUCUCAUUGCUCAGCGCGGACCUAGACCUGGAAUCGCCCAAGUCCCUGUACUCGCGAGAUUCUCUGAAGUUACACCCAUCACAGAAUUUUCAUAGAGCUGGACUAUUGGAAGAAUCUGUAUAUGAUCUUCUCCCAAAGGAGUUACAGUUACCGCCAUCUAGAGAAACAUCUGUAGCAUCAAUGAGUCAGACAAGUGGUGGUGAGGCAGGCUCGCCUCCUCCAGCUGUAGUUGCUGCUGAUGCUUCUUCAGCUCCCUCCUCUUCCUCCAUGGGCGGUGCUUGCAGCUCCUUUACCACCUCUUCCAGCCCUACCAUUUAUUCUACCUCAGUCACCGACAGCAAGGCUAUGCAAGUGGAGAGCUGCUCCUCAGCCUUGGGGGUAAGUAACAGAGGGGUAAGUGAAAAGCAGUUAACCAGUAACACAGUUCAGCAGCAUCCAUCAACACCGAAGAGGCACACAGUCUUGUACAUCUCACCACCACCUGAGGACUUGCUGGAUAACAGUCGGAUGUCCUGCCAGGAUGAGGGGUGUGGAUUGGAAUCUGAGCAGAGCUGCAGUAUGUGGAUGGAGGAUUCCCCCUCCAACUUCAGUAACAUGAGCACCAGUUCCUACAAUGAUAACACUGAGGUACCUCGUAAAUCACGAAAACGAAAUCCAAAGCAGAGGCCGGGGGUCAAACGACGAGAUUGUGAAGAAUCUAAUAUGGAUAUAUUUGAUGCCGACAGUGCCAAAGCACCUCACUAUGUGCUUUCUCAGCUUACCACGGACAACAAAGGCAACUCAAAAGCAGGAAAUGGAACAUUGGAAAACCAAAAAGGAACUGGAGUAAAGAAAAGCCCUAUGUUAUGUGGACAGUAUCCUGUUAAAAGUGAGGGAAAGGAGCUGAAGAUAAUUAUACAACCUGAGACCCAGCAUAGAGCUCGAUACCUGACUGAGGGUAGCCGUGGCUCAGUAAAGGACAGAACACAGCAAGGUUUUCCUACAGUAAAGCUGGAAGGCCAUAAUGAGCCAGUGGUAUUGCAAGUGUUUGUGGGUAAUGACUCUGGUCGAGUGAAACCACAUGGAUUUUAUCAGGCCUGCAGGGUAACUGGGCGAAAUACAACCCCCUGCAAAGAAGUGGACAUUGAAGGCACUACUGUCAUAGAAGUUGGCCUUGAUCCAAGCAACAACAUGACACUAGCGGUGGACUGCGUAGGGAUAUUGAAAUUGAGAAAUGCUGAUGUUGAAGCCAGAAUAGGGAUUGCUGGUUCCAAGAAAAAAAGCACUCGUGCCAGAUUGGUUUUUCGAGUUAAUAUCACAAGGAAAGAUGGCUCUACUUUGACUCUGCAAACACCCUCUUCUCCAAUUUUAUGUACUCAGCCAGCAGGAGUGCCAGAAAUUUUAAAGAAAAGCUUGCAUAGCUGUUCAGUGAAAGGAGAGGAAGAAGUAUUUUUAAUUGGCAAGAACUUUCUGAAAGGAACUAAAGUGAUUUUCCAAGAAAAUAUUUCUGAUGAAAACUCUUGGAAGUCAGAAGCUGAAAUUGACAUGGAAUUAUUUCAUCAGAAUCAUCUUAUUGUGAAGGUUCCCCCAUAUCAUGACCAACAUAUAACAUUGCCAGUAUCGGUGGGAAUAUAUGUAGUGACCAAUGCUGGAAGAUCUCAUGAUGUUCAGCCAUUCACUUACACUCCAGACCCAGCAGUAGCUGGUGCUUUGAAUGUAAAUGUGAAGAAGGAAAUAUCUAGUCCAGCAAGACCUUGCUCUUUUGAAGAGGCCAUGAAAGCGAUGAAAACUACUGGAUGUAACUUAGAUAAGGUAAAUAUUCUUCCUAAUGCUCUGAUCACUCCACUCAUAUCAAGCAGUAUGAUUAAGAGUGAAGAUGUUACUCCAAUGGAAGUAACAGCAGAGAAAAGAUCUUCCCCUAUCUUUAAGACUACAAAGACAGUUGGAUCAACUCAACAAACAUUAGAAAAUAUCUCUAACAUAGCAGGAAAUGGGUCUUUUGCAUCACCAUCAUCUUCCCACUUACCCUCUGAAAAUGAAAAGCAGCAGCAGAUUCAGCCCAAGGCAUACAACCCAGAGACCCUGACAACUAUCCAAACACAGGACAUUUCACAGCCUGGUACCUUUCCAGCAGUUUCUGCUUCUAGUCAGCUGCCUAAUAGUGAUGCACUACUGCAACAGGCUACACAGUUUCAGACAAGAGAAACUCAGUCUAGAGAGGUAUUACAGUCGGAUGGUACAGUGGUUAAUUUGCAACACCUGACCGAGGCAUCGCAGCAGCAGCAGCAGUCACCACUACAAGAACAAGCACAGACUUUACAGCAGCAGAUUUCAUCAAAUAUUUUCCCAUCACCAAGUAGUGUGAGUCAGCUACAGAACACAAUUCAGCAAUUGCAAGCAGGAAAUUUUACCAGCAGUACUGCUAGUGGCAGCAGUGGAAAUGUUGACUUGGUCCAACAAGUUUUAGAGGCACAACAACAGUUAUCUUCAGUUUUAUUUUCUGCUCCAGAUGGUGAGAAUGUUCAAGAACAGCUUAGUGCAGAUAUUUUUCAACAAGUCAGUCAAAUUCAAAAUAGUGUAAGCCCUGGAAUAUUUUCCUCAACAGAGCCAACAGUCCAUACCAGACCAGAUAAUUUAAUAGCUGGAAGAGCUGAAAGUGUUCACCCACAGACUGAAAAUACAUUAUCUAAUCAACAGCAGCAACAACAGCAACAGCAAGUGAUGGAGUCAUCAGCUGCAAUGGUGAUGGAGAUGCAACAGAGUAUCUGCCAGGCAGCUGCCCAGAUUCAGUCAGAGUUAUUUCCUUCAACUGCUUCAGCAAAUGGAAACCUUCAGCAGUCUCCAGUUUUCCAGCAGACUUCUCAUAUGAUGAGUGCAUUAUCAACCAAUGAGGACAUGCAAAUGCAGUGUGAAUUGUUUUCUUCUCCUCCUGCAGUUUCUGGAAAUGAAACUACAACAACCACCACACAGCAGGUUGCAACCCCUGGUACCACCAUGUUUCAGACAUCAAGUUCAGGAGAUGGAGAAGAAACAGGUACACAAGCAAAACAGAUUCAGAACAGUGUCUUUCAGACCAUGGUCCAAAUGCAACAUAGUGGGGACAGUCAAUCUCAAGUUAACAUUUUUUCAUCUACAAAAAGUAUGAUGAGUGUUCAAAAUAGUGGUACCCAGCAACAAGGUAAUGGUUUAUUCCAGCAAGGUAAUGAGAUGAUGUCACUCCAAUCUGGGAAUUUUUUGCAGCAGUCUUCUCAUUCACAGGCUCAACUUUUUCAUCCUCAAAAUCCUAUCACUGAUGCUCAGAACCUUUCCCAGGAAACUCAAGGUUCUAUUUUUCACAGUCCAAGUCCUAUUGUCCACAGUCAGACUUCUACAACCUCCACUGAACAGAUGCAGCCUCCAAUGUUUCACUCUCAAAGUACCAUGGCUGUCCUACAGGGCUCUUCUGUUCCUCAAGACCAGCAGUCAGCCAACAUAUUUCUUUCCCAGAGUCCAAUGAAUAAUCUCCAAACUAAUGCAGUAGCUCAAGAAGAACAGAUUUCAUUUUUUGCAGCUCAGAACUCAAUUUCUCCACUUCAGUCAACGUCAAACACCGAGCAGCAAGCUGCUUUCCAGCAGCAGCCUCCAAUAUCACACAUUCAGACCCCUAUGCUUUCUCAAGAGCAGGCACAGCCCUCCCAGCAAGGUCUGUUUCAGCCUCAGGUGUCCCUGGGUUCCCUUUCUCCUAAUCCAAUGCCUCAAAACCAACAGGGGACAAUCUUCCAGUCACAGCACUCAAUCGUUGCCAUCCAGAGUAACUCUCCAUCUCAAGAGCAGCAGCAGCAGCAGCAACAGCAGCAGCAGCAGCAGCAGCAACAGCCACAACAGCAACCUCAGAGCAUUUUAUUCAGUAAUCAGAAUACCAUGGCUACAAUGGCAUCUCAGAAGCAACCACCACCAAACAUGAUAUUCAACCCAAGUCAAAAUCCAAUGGCUAAUCAGGAGCAACAGAACCAGUCAAUUUUUCACCAACAAAAUAAUAUGGCCCCCAUGAAUCAAGAGCAGCAGCCUAUGCAAUUUCAGAACCAGCCCACAGUUUCUUCACUUCAGAACCCAGGUUCUGCUCAAUCUGAAUCGCCACAGACCUCCUUGUUCCAUAGCUCUCCUCAGAUUCAGUUGGUCCAGGGAUCACCCAGUUCUCAAGAGCAGCAAGUAACUCUCUUCCUCUCUCCAGCAUCCAUGUCUGCAUUGCAGACCAGUAUAAACCAACAAGACAUGCAACAGUCUCCUCUUUAUUCCCCUCAGAACAACAUGCCUGGAAUCCAAGGAGCCACAUCUUCACCUCAACCACAAGCUACUUUAUUUCACAACACUACAGGAGGCACAAUGAACCAACUACAAAAUUCUCCUGGUUCAUCUCAGCAGACUUCAGGAAUGUUCUUAUUUGGCAUUCAAAAUAACUGUAAUCAGCUUUUAACUUCUGGACCAGCUGCUUUGCCAGAUCAGUUGAUGGCUAUAAGUCAGCCUGGCCAACCACAAAAUGAGGGCCAGCCACCUGUGACAACACUUCUUUCUCAGCAAAUGCCAGAGAAUUCUCCACUGGCAUCCUCUAUAAAUACCAACCAGAACAUUGAAAAGAUGGAUUUGCUUGUUUCAUUGCAAAACCAAGGGAACAAUUUGACUGGCUCCUUUUAACUGGAUAUAAAUUCUAUGAAGAAAAUCCUGAUUCCAAGAUGUCCCAAGAUCUUGUGAUUCCAUGAGGAUUGAACUGUUACUUUAAAAAAAAAAUGAAAUAUAAAAACUGUGAUUGAGUAAAUGUAUAGGUUUUACUCUGGCUGCAAAAGAGCACACCUAUGCUGCCUGUUGCAGUGAUUAGCCACCAUUGUUAACAUCUUCAUAUUUUGUAUUCCUAAUAACAAUGAUGACUGAGAAUCUGUUUGAGUUUCUAGCUGACAGAAUUAAUUGUUGCUAUUUUCCUAGGCACUUUUUCUUUAAAAGUACCGUUUAAAUUUAAAGCCAGACUGUUCAGUUAUCAUUGCUAUUAGAAAAUAAUUCAUAUUGUCAUAUUUACUUUUGUUCUUCAUUAUUUUCUUCCCUGUAUUGUUCUAGUCAAGUAACAGCUUUUGAAAAAGGAAAAUUCAAAUAAUAACUAAGGCUGUGAUUUUUCAAUAUAAAGAACACAGCUAUUGGCCAAACUGAAGGAAUCCUUUUCGAGUUUCAUAGAAAAACUGAAGAGGUAACAUUCUGACAAGUAAGCUGUAUUAAGAGCUCUCCACAGUUAAGAGGCUUCUUUAUCACAAAGGCAGACAACACAAAUUGGGAACAGCUGGAAUGCUAUGCAUUUUGUUUUUCAGAUUGUUGUUAAUUCUCUUUCUGCUAAACAGUUCAGGCAUAACUGCAUAGAAAAAUAGUUAUCUUGCUCUAUGAAAAAGCAAAGGGGAUAAUAUAUGGUAAAUUAUAUUCCGACAUCCUCCUGCAAUAGUUUCAACGGACAGCAGUUUGAAUCUGUUUUCUUUUUAAUCUAGUCUUGGGUUGAUUGUUCCCUUUUAAUAUUCAUCUAUAUUAUUCCCCUUUUUCACUUUAUUUUAAACAGUUGGUAAUAUAUUCCUAGUUUGUGACCCUGUAAUGACUUAGAGGAAAAGGCCACUUUCAUCUGGGGUAGCCCAGCAACUCCUGCAGCACAGGUGGGGGCUGCCUUUUCAGGAAUAAGGAGAACUGAUUCCUGAGAAACAAGAAACAAUGCAUUUCCUCCCAUGAACGGUGCUGUUCUGAAGUCUUCAAAAUUUUCCCUCUAAUAGGAAACAUGUAAAUUUUAAUUUAAAGGAAAGGCAAAGUAAAAUUUCUUAAAACAUCACUUCUCCCUGAGCUGCAGUGAAUGUAAUUCACUUGUCACCUCAGUGAUUUACAGUUUGAAGUGGUCACUUAUCUGAUGGUUCCCACAAGCCUUAGGCUUUACAGGGUCAUGUCAUUGACUUAAAAUGAAGAAUUAACUUGUGUUACAUCUAUUGAGAGCAAAAUAACUCACUCCAAAACUUGCAGUUGCAGCAUUAGUUACAUGGUUUUGGGUGUUCUCACCACCCAUGGGAUGCCUGCUUCUCACUACAGCCUGUUGUCUGGACACAUGCUUAUGUUGUACUUUUCUUUUGGCAUGUAGAAAGCUGUUAAUACAGUUUAAGGCCAAAUUGUGUGUGGCUUCUAUAUGUAGCUAAGAUGUUUUGGUAUUCUUGUCCGUUUCAUUUAUUUUUUUAAGUGUACAAAAAUAGCCUGUUAAUUGUUUGUUGAAAGCUACUUUUCUGUUUGUUUUUUCUAUCCUAUACAUAUAGUUGAACUUAGUGGAAUUGUGGUCUUGGUUUUGUUUAUACAGCCAGAUUUUUCCCCUUUUUGUGAUGAUCUUCCUUGGUUCUUUGAAUGUGCUGUCCUUCUAAUUUGUUUUUUCUCUUUGUUCUCAUAUAUUCUUCCCUCUGCCCUCAACCUUUCUUUCUCUCUCUCUCUGAUUGAGAGGCAUUGAAUUACGUUUUCAGUAGUACAGGCUUCUUGCCGAUAUGAAGGGAACUUUUCAGAAAGAGACCUACUCUGGGUCAUUUAAUUUUGAAUACAGUUUUCAAUCGUUCAAGUUUUGGAUGGUUUAUAUCUAAUGUGUGUUUCAUUUUUUUGGAAAGCUAUAUUUUGUAUUUAGGAAAUGGUAUACUAUUUUGCUAUUUGUACUGAGUGAGUACAUUGGCAUAAAUAUAGAAAUUUAUAUAUAUACAUAUAUAUAAACUAUUCUUUUUUGCCACACAUUUUUGUGGUAAUUUUGUGAGUUUGUCUGAUGUUCUACCACAACGUGGCGUCUGAUAACAGUGAGGGGGGGUUUGUUAUGUCUUUAUUGAGUAUUUAAGUAUCUUUUGAAACAAAUGACUUGUUCAUCAGUGGCCAUUCCAUCAGGCAGUUCCUUGAUGUUCUUGGUGGGCUAAAGGCAGCUUACUGUCUGUUUGCUGGAUCUUUCACUCAGCAAAAUGUUGGAGUAAGUAACCCAUCUAGGCAGUUGUGUUAAAUGGUGUUUCAUGAGAAUGAGCCAUUCAGCCUUCACUCACUAUAUAUUUAAUAUUUUAUUAUUGUUUUUAUUAUUAAUUGGCUUUCUGUGUUCUAUGCCUUUUAUUUAUAAAGACACUAAAAAACAUGUUUGUAAUUUUAAUAACAUUUUCCCCAUCUUGUAAUAUCCAGAGCUACUUUAUAAAUUCUCUGAACCGAAAGCAUUUUCCUCAUUAUAUCUCUUCUCUCUCCACCCCUAUCAGGAAAAUUACCCAAUAUAGUUCAGGUUAUAAGAAAGACCAGCCACACAAUCCAGUGCUUCAAUUUUAAAAUGUAAAACUCCAACUACAGAGAGUUGAUGAAUGUCAGAAAGCUUACCCAGCAGGUAUAAAAAUAAGUAGAAAUAAAAUACCGUAAGUUCAUUUCUGAGUUUUCUGAAUUUUUUUCUGAGAUUAUACAGGAGACUUAGAAAGUCUAUUUGUUCACCAAGUUCUAAUUAGAAUGUUAAUAUUGCUCUGUGGAUGAAGUGGUGGCAAGAAGACUGACUGUGUGCUGACUUCUGUUGUUUAGCAAGAGGUUUGUCAUUGUAAAAUGCUGAUUGCCAAUGCCAAGUCACCAGGGACCAAUUUUCUGUUUUAUAAUAUCUAAGUUUAGAACAGAACAUACACCUGAACUGUAAUGGUUUGAUUGGAUGAAAGCAGAAAACCCAAUUUUUAUUUUCAUAAAUUUUGUGGUUAUUUGUAUAAGGGCUGUGCUAUGCUACCAUACUACCGUAUUCUUACUCAAUAAUGAUGUUGUUAUUUUUUUUAACAUUGUUAUAUGUUCCUUGCCCCUAAAGGUCAAUAUUAAGUACAGCAUUCUGAAUAUACAAUUUGGUUACAAAAACUAUUUGUCUUCUCAUUGAAGAAUUAGCUUAGUUAUCAGUGGUUGAUACUUGUGCUAAUAAUGCAGUUUCCAGAUUACCAUUACAAAUACAGCUAUAUAUAGGGAGAGACCCCAUCAGCCAGCAAAGGCCUCGGAAACAACAAUUUAUUAAAUUUAUUUAUGGCAGAAGGACCUAAAUAAGUUUUGAACCACAUUUUAUUCCUUUAUAUUGUUACAUUCAAUCAUUCUUUUAGCAACUCACAUUAAUGCUUGGAGCUUAUCUCUGUGUCUGUGUGAGUGUGUGUUUUAUUCCUAUUGUCAUUCCAUUGUAUAGCCACACCAACAUGGGAGAAGAUAACUUAGAAGUCAUAUUUUGCUUUUGAGCUUUAUCAUGUUACCUUUGUAAUUAGAGUAUCGUGUUGCCAUAUAACUAAUGCAAAUCUGUUUUUACCAGUUUCCCUAGAAAGGUUUUUAAAGGGCUUUGUUUAUUAUAGAAGCAGUAUUAAUGAGAGAUCUGCCUUCCUUCUUUUCCCUCCUAUUUUG